AUGAGUACAUUACAGAAGAUUCUUGGCUCCUUGAAGAAUGGCCAUAGAACCCUUCGGCCAUUCGCCUCUAUUGCUAUCAAACGUUCACAAGGAAUAAGUUCUCAAAUUCAAAUUAAUCCUGAAAAGGAUACAAAAAUUACUAUUCCUGCUACAUACACAACUUCUAGUGAACAUGAGCAAGAAGAUCAUCAAUAUGAGGAAAACAUAAAAAAGAACAUUUUGGAAAAUGCCUUACAGUUUGUACCAAAAAAUGGAUGGUCUGUAGAAUCAUUGAGCGCCGGCGCUAAAGCAGCGGGCUAUCCUACUAUAACUCAUGGCUUAUUUCCUAAUGGGGGUGCGGAUUUGGUACACUAUUUUAAUGUUAGAUGUAAUGAACGAUUAGUGGAUGCUAUGAAAACUUGGCCCAAGGUAGAUACGCAAGAAAAAGUACCAGCCAAAUUCGUUGAAAAUGCCAUUUACCAAAGAUUAUUGAUGAUCGAUCCAUACAAGAGCACAUGGCCAAAAGCAAUGGCAAUUCAAACUCUACCAAACAAUGUGCCCAACUGUUUGGCAACAUUAUUAUCACUUGUUGAUGAUAUUUGCUAUCAUUCUGGGGACAGAAGUGUAGAUUUUAACUGGUAUAUGCGCAGAGUGGGAGUGGCGGGAAUAUAUAAGGCAGCAGAGUUGUUUUAUCUGACCGAUAGCAGCCAAGACUGUAAUGCUACUAGAAAUUUUAUUGCUUCACGUAUACGUGACGCCCAACUAAUACAAACGGCAUUAAAUUUGAGUCCAGUAGCUGCAGCGCCACAGACACUAACUGCUGCUUUCACAACGGCCAAGAAUAUGCUCGGAAUUAAUACACUGAAGUAA